UUUCAUUAGAUGCCGACAGACACAGGCGAAUGUUUAAGUUUUGAUGACUAAGAAAGCUGAUACAUGCCUGAAAGCCAAACAAUACUGGUUAAUACUGGUCUCCCGAAAUUACCUACUGCUGCUGUGUUGUAUAACGUGAAACCUCUGUGUAUUCUAAUAGGAUUUUAGAAAAUAGUGAUAAAUUAUGAACUACAAGAAUAAAAGUUGGUAAAUAUACAAAGCUGAUGGAGAGAUAACCCAAAUGACUUCAGCCUUCGCUGCAAGUAAAUCGGUUCUGCAUAGUGUUGAUUCACACUGGCUGAAUCCAAAUGCACAUCAACCUUUUCAGGUAUUUUUAAUCGUACAAUUAUUUGAAUACAAUGUGUUCUUUUAUUUCCACUUCUCAAAUAUGCACUACUUGUCUUUCAUCAAUUGGAUUCAAUCUCAAUAGAAUACAUUGAACUUGUAGUUUUAAAGGCAUUUUAUGUGAUGUACUCGUUUUUAGCUUUUACAGUCAGUUCCUUUCCUCUAUCUAAAACAUGUAUGCAGUGUAUGUCACCAGGAGAUCAGCUUCCUGCAGGGCUACCUGAGACCUGUGAAAGGCAACUUGCUUCUCUGAGUGAGUCAUGUGGUCAGGGGUUUGGAUACAGUCGGAUGCCGAGACCCAGUCUCCCUCCAGUGAUACAUCAAAGAAGCCAAGAUGACCUUCAUUGCUAAGACCUUCUAUGACCUGAGGGCCACCUCGCUAGAAGGGGACUCAGUGGACUUCAAUGUCUUCAGGGGACGAGUGGUCCUGAUAGAGAAUGUGGCCUCCCUCUGAGGCACCACCACCCGGGACUUCAGCGAGCUGAAUCAGCUGCAGAGCAAGUACCCCCAUCGGCUGGUGGUCCUGGGCUUCCCUUGUAACCAGUUUGGAUACCAGGAAAACUGUACCAAUGGUGAGAUUCUGCAUUCACUGCAGUACGUGCGACCAGGCGGUGGCUUCAAGCCCAACUUCACCUUGUUCAAGAAGUGCGAUGUCAACGGAGCAAACACACAUCCUGUCUUUGCCUAUCUCAAAUGCAAGCUCCCUUAUCCCGAAGACGACCCAAGUUCCCUCAUGCAGGAUCCCAGAUUUCUUGUUUGGAGUCCAGUCAGCAGGGCGGAUGUCUCCUGGAACUUUGAGAAAUUCCUCAUCGGGCCGGAGGGAGAGCCCUUUAAGAGAUACAGCAGGAAUUUUCCAACUAUUGACGUAGAGCCUGACAUCCAAAGGCUGCUAAGAUUAACAAAGACCUAAGAAUAGCAUCUACUUCCUAAUGGCAUUUCAUUCAUUACUGUCAAAGCUGACAAGAUGACCUUCACACUUUUAAGCCUUAAUAAAUGAGGGCGAUAUUCUAAAACGUUGGCAGAAUAUCACCUGAAGUCAAAUAAGUGCUUAAAAUUAGUGGAUGUUAUUUUCAUUUUUCAGUGAUUUAUUUAUUUAUUUAUUUUCAAAUAACAGUGUUUUAUAGAAUAUGAAAACUUAUUCUGUAAGUUUUGUUUCUUGUCUUACAUAAGUGCUACCAGCAGAUGGUGCUACCCAACUAAUCAUGCAAAUAGAAACUCCAGUCAUGCUUUUAUGAAUUGGCAUUCCAAGCACAAUCAAGGAUGCACAGAAAUAAAAUCUUGAAAGUCA